AUGAACGAUAUCACGUGUAGUCAGAGAACGUACGUGAGAAAGAGACAGUAUCCAUGUGAUGCGUACGACAAGUCGUUCAAUAAAAGUGGCCAUUUAAUACCACACCAGAGGAUAUACGCGGGAGAGAAACAUUUCCUUUGCGAUACAUGUGGCAAGUCGUUCAAUCAAGUAAGUAAUUUGACCGUACACCAGAGGAAACACACUGGAGAGAAGCCUUACCUAUGCGAUACAUGUGACAAGUCAUUUAGUACAAGUGAUAGUUUAACGAAGCACCGGCGGAUACACACUGGAGAGAAGCCUUACCCAUGCGAUACAUGCGACAAGUCAUUUAGUACAAGUGAUAGUUUAACGAAGCACCGGCGGAUACACACUGGAGAAAAGCCUUACCCAUGCGAUACAUGUGGCAAGUCGUUCAAUCAA